AGGGAGGUGGGUUCCGCGCUCCCCAACCAGGAUCAGCGUCAAUACAAACACAACUAAGGCGCAGAGGGACGCAAAAAACAGAGCUGAGUGUGACCCUUGGGUGCUCCUGUUCUUGCAGACAUGUCGUCCCCUCAGAUCGCGUCUUUGUCCUGGGGUCACAUGAAGGUGCAGGGCGUCUCCAGCUCCUACAAGGACUGUAAGGUGUGGCCCGGGGGGAGUCGCACCUGGGACUGGAGAGAGACCGGCACAGAUCACUACCCCGGGGUUCAGCCGGCUGACCUGGACGAGCUGCUGACCAAAGGCAUAGACCUGCUGGUGAUUGGCCGGGGGAUGUCUGAGGCUCUGCAGGUCCCUGGUUCCACGCUGGACUUUGUGAGGGGCCGUGGGGUGGAGGUGACGGUGCUGCAGACGGAGAAGGCGGUGGAUCAGUACAACAAGCUGGCGGCGCAGGGCAGGAAGGUGGCCGGGAUCUUCCACUCCACCUGCUGACCCCCACAAACCCCAAAGUCUUCUACAGCUGUCGCUCUUUAUUGCUGCUUUCAGGGAGUCCAGGGAUUGUUUGAGUCGAAAACAACAGCUCGGAAAACAAUGGACAUUAAAUGAAAAUCAGACACUUUAUAAAUUUAUAAAGCGCAUUUUGAAUUGUUAUUGUAUUUUCAGCAUUACAGCGGUGUCAAGUGAUCAGGUUCCGAAUAUGAUGACGUCAUUAUAUUGUUUCUCACAUUUUCAUAUACAGGGUGACUUUAUGGAUUCUGACAUUUUAGGUUUAUUUUAAUGAAAUUGUGAAGUGCCUUUUUCCUCCUAAACAUGGUACAUUUUGUGAGCCAUCAGUCGGGUUUACUCUACACUUUUCUCUUCAUUCAAUAAAGUCAAACCUCAAAUUCAAAAAA